AUGCAUUUUCAGCUACCGCACAGAUGCCUUUCAGUUUUUUGCCUGCAAUUAAAUCAAUUUCCAUCACCACAGGGACAUUGGCUAUACGGGAGUCUUUCAGAAAUGCAAAACCCAGACAAUAUUUUGAGUUAUUUACAGAAGCAAUGUCAAAAUUAUCCGUCAUCGUUUUUUCUCCGUUUAGGCCCUUUCAUGUCCAUUUUAGUUUGUAAUUCUCCUGAUGCGGCGAAAGCUGUUAUCGCAUCAGGUGGGGCCAAAGAAAACUAUUCCUAUACGUUUAUUCGAGAAUGGCUCGGUGAUGGAUUAUUGAUUUCUAAUGGAGGAAAAUGGGCUAGGAAUAGAAAAUUAGUUACGCCUGCCUUCCAUUUUGGUGUUUUAAAGCAUUAUUUACCUAUCUAUAAUCGAUGUGUUGAUGUCGUAAUUGAAAAGUGGUCAUCCCAGGCUGCUACAGGUCAAUCAUUUGAGAUCUACUCUGAUAUGAAUUUUUUAACUUUAGAUAUUAUCCUACAAAGUUCUUUCUCUCUUAAAACCCAAUGCCAAACUAUUGGCAAAAAUGAUCCUUAUGUUACUGUUGUGAAAGAAUUAGCUUGGCUGACAGUCAAUCGCUUUUUUAGUCUUACUGGCUAUAUUCCAUUUCUUUAUUACUUAACUUCGGAAGGUAGAAGAUUUAAUACUUGCGUUAAAGAAUCUCAUCGUUUUACAGAGAAUGUCAUUCGGAAACGCCUACGUGAAGUUGAAUUAGGCUCGGAAAGUAAUGUCCGAGACUAUAUUGACUUUCUAGAUAUAUUAAUCAAAGCAAGAGAUCGAGAUGGUAAAGGUUUAUCAUUUAAUAAUAUACGUAAUGAAGUGGAAACGUUUAUGUUUGCCGGCCAUGAUACUACUUCAAGUGCUUUAUCAUUUACCAUUUAUUUAUUAAGUAAGCAUAAAGAACACCAGCAAAAAGUAAGAGAUGAAGUCAAAUCAGUUCUACAGGGUAGAAGUGAUAUAGCUUGGAACGAUUUAUCCGAGCUUAAAUAUACUACAAUUUGCAUUAAGGAAGCCAUGCGUUUAUACACGACCGUUCCAAUGAUUGAGCGUGUACUCGAUAAAGAUGUCAAAAUAGAUGGAAUUACAGUUUUAGCAGGUACCAAGAUCAAUAUACCAAUCUUCGUCUUACACGGUAAGGCGAAUACUUGGCUGAAUCGCGAUGAAUAUAAUCCUUCGCGAUUUCUAUCGGAAGAAAUAGCACAACGCGAUGCUUUCUCCUAUAUCCCUUUCUCUGCCGGAUCAAGAAACUGUAUCGGUCAAUCAUUCGCCAUGAAUGUAUUAAAAGUGGCCGUCGCUAAAAUUGUCCGGCACUACCAUCUAGAAAUUGAUGAAACUAAACCUGUGGUAACAACGAUCCCACUUGUCAUGAAAUCCGCGACUGGAAUAUGGAUUAAAGUCAAUGAGCUAUAA